AAUUCGAUGUAUUGUUUAUAUACGUUAGUGUCGGAGCAAGCCACCAUACAAAGUAAAUAAAAUUUACUAAGGCGUUAUUGAUUAUCCUCAACUGUUUAAUUUCUUUUGUGUUUUACUGAGCUUCAUUUGUUUAAUUAACUAUGAAUCCUUCAGAGCGACGGAACACCGAAACUCUGAGUAUUUAAGGGGCUUUCGUCAUUUGUCAGCUUUUCUUAUCAUCAAACACACUUGAACGAUUAACGAUAGACAAGAUGAAGAUGAAGAAGCAUUGAAGAUGUCAAGAAGGAUUAACAAUGUUUUUCGAGUGUUUCUGUUAUACAACAGGAAGGGGGUGCUAUGGCAGUUAAUCCCCAUGGAAAAACGCAUGAAUCAAUUAAUGCUUGUGAUGAUGUCUAUAUUUUUAUAAUAAUUAUGAAUAAUUAGCUUGAAGAGGCAACGUGGUGCGAAUUUGACUGUUUUUUGGCGUUUUAUUUACGUUGUUUGUUUGUGACAUUUAUAAACCACAAUUAGAAGACUUCGAAAAUGAUGGAUGUUAUUGAUGUCCUCGCAAUGCAAAGAGAAAACCGAAGCACCCUCCAAAAAAGCAUAACAAUGGACUACACGAGUUCCAACGACAGUUUCACGGUAGCCAGAUUUAUAUUCGAGUGUGGGAUAAAACUCGAAGCACAUCCUCUGACAGUUGCAACAGCUGCCACUUUGUACCACAGAUUCAUGAGGGAGGCCACACCAAAAGCUUACGAUCAUUACCUGAUAGCAGCCACAUGCUUGUAUCUCGCAGCAAAAAUCAAGGACGACCACCUGAAGAUCAGAGAUGUAAUGAACGUAGCAUCGAACACCCUCCACCGAGCCUCACAGCCUUUAGAGCUUGGGGAUCAAUACUGGAGUAUAAGGGAUGCCAUUGUUCAGGCCGAGCUGCUUAUCAUGAGAAUGUUGAAGUUUCAAGUGAAUCCGGUUCAUCCCCACAAGUAUCUACUACACUAUUUGCGAUCGCUCGAAGCUUGGUUCGGUGAGGACGAGUGGUCAAAGUACCCAGUUGCCAAGACUAGCAUGGCUUUGCUCCAGGAUUUUCACCACAUUCCAGCGAUUCUCGAUUAUCCACCGAAUUUAACAGCGAUAGCCUGUAUUAAUUUAACUCUACAGAUUUACGGUGUCGUUGUCCCCCUCAUGGAUGAAUGCGACCAGUUACCAUGGUUCAACGUGUUUUGCAAGGACCUCACGAGAGAAAAAUUAUGGGAAAUUAUGGAGAAGAUAAUGAGUUCUUAUGACCAGGAGCCAGAAACUCGGGACGCUCUCUGAAUUUCAAUGAAUUAUUGAAGACUGAAAAAUGUAUGAAUUUCACGGAUUUACGAACUUGAAAAAGUCCCACCAUAAUUUUUAUAUUGUCUAAUUAAUAAAAAAUGCAUCAGUCAUCACCAA